AUGAGUAGAGAUACUGGAAUUGAGGACUUUGAAGUCACUCUGGUGCCCAUGCAACUGGAUGCGUUCGUCCUGAAUCCAGCUGUAUGCGGCACGGGCACUGACCAAGACACGACUGCGCGCAUCUGUCCCAUCACUCAGCCCAACUACACUUUCCUGAGACUUGACAGCUUCCUGCUUCAGAGCGAUGUUCAGAAUCACGUCGCUCUGCACAAUACCGCCCCGGCGUCUAUCAAUUCACGCUUGACAGACCUCGGUGGUCGUCCGGAGCCUAAGCCGCUCCGCCAUCGUCAUGGCGUCUAUGUCCAUUGGACACUUCCCCGAUUCUACAGAUCAGGAGUGUCUUCAACCGAUUCUGUUCCAGAAUCCAGAAAAAAGGCAGAGAGAGCGCGACGGGGGCUUGAUGCCGCAUCCGCCACGGCCAGUGACAACUCUCCUCAUCAAACCCCGGACUUUCUGCAGCCUCCAACACGCUGGAUUGUCAUCAGAAAGCUCGAAUUGGAUAGUAUACAGCCAUCGAGUGCAAAAGACGCUUUCAAAGACCGGGUGUAUGAAGCUUGGGUCGUUGAGAGUGACUAUGUCUGGUCCCUGGAAGAUAUCCCCAUCCAGGCAGAUCUACAGACAGACGUAGCUCCAUUCGUGCUCGGACACGCCGGCACCGAUGUCAACAUUAACGAGCAAGCUGAAGUCUUCAUUGGGCGCAAGACACCACUGGCUGAGUGGACUGAGAAUCCAAACCCUACUGUUGAUCCUCCAGACAUCAGUCUCCUCCGAAGUGGAAACCAGCUCUUUGCUGACUUCCAGAUGCAUAAUGCCAAUGUCUUUAGCAUCUUGGAUAACUUCGAAUAUGGAGAUAAAGCGCAACCAUCGUAUCUAGACUAUGCCAAGGCAAGCUAUUACGUGCUGGGCUGGCAUUGGAAAGACACCGUUGAUCCCCUCUGGAAAUCGGGUGCCGAGUUUACUCAUGGAGAGAACCUGCAGUCGUUCUUCAUGACCCUUCAAGGGACAGACCAAGCAAAUCCCGACCCGUGGAUGGAUCUCAAGAGUCAAAUCCGUAUCCUCUGUCAUGGCAGCAUGUACGAGGUGGCUUGGGACCACGAGAACAAGCCCAAGACUGUCCCAGCCGACGGAUUCAACGAUCGCCUGCGUGAUCAGAAACAGGCUGCAGUCGCAGUUGGCACAACUCCAAUGGAUGCGUUGCUGGCGUAUUGUCACGCACGUGGUGACGCCAGUGAAAACUCAGAGGAUGUCGCCAAGCUGGAGGAAGAUAUCCUGGCCCUUGAAUCCCUACUACAAGCCCGUGACGACGGCGUCGAGGGCCAGCGAGAGGCCAAAGACUCGGUCUACAACUGGUCCUACACUCGCUCUCCAGGCGGCACGAGAUACUUCUUCGCUGAGGCUGAUGACAAAAGCACGAAUCAGCCCAAGGAACCUGACCCCGCCGCCAUUCAGAAUUCUUGCAACAGAGCGAUGCUGCAGUACCGUUGGGAUAUGUUUUCUCUCUGGUGGAAAUAUGCCAGCGAUCUGGGACAGAGCGAUAAUCAGGGAAACGACCAGAAUGAAGCGUUCAAGGCCGAAGCUGGAAGGAUUUCGAGCCGUAUAAGUGGACUCCAGACCCGCAUCAAACAGCUUGAAACACAUGUUGCCAAUCUCUUGGGAAGCAACCUCUUGGCCACGGUCGAGUCUACAAGCGAGCCUGUUUUCUACGGAGGAAAUGAUCCCACCGUCCUCAUCGGUGGUAUCCCGUCUGGCUGGGCGCUUGAUUAUCUGGAUAACCUCGCUAUUCGGGCGCCGUAUCAGACCAUCUCAAGCGAUCAAGAUCUACCCAGCAAUCUUAGCACCAUCUCACGUCUUGUCGAGAACAAACUGCCCACUGUCUUAACAACAGCUGCCAAAGCACUCAUCACCGAGUUCCAUGCUCUCCGACCUAGAAGCAAUGACUCGGGUACGCCAGGCCAAGGCAAAUUCUACCCUCAAUUUCACGAUCAAUUGACAACCGACAAUCGCUGGCGUGAUCAGUGGGGUGACAGACAGCCAUGGUUUCCUCUCUACGCCGAGUGGGAGGUGGAAUACACCCAUAUUCCAUUUGAGUUCUGGAGCUUAGAUGAACAUACCGCCCGACACUCGGAGAACAAGCUGGUCAGAUAUGGCAUUACUGUUCCAUCUGAUAGCGAGACACCUCCGCCACUAUGGGAUGCUCUCCCCAGAUGGCAAGGCGAUAAGAAGCAGGAUAUUCGCGUUUUAUCUGGACGUGUCUUGAUUCUGCCUCAGCCCAGCUUUGCUUUGGGUGCCAAGAUCAAGCAGCUUUUCCAGAACACACCACCCAGUAUCCUCGAUGAGUAUCUACCAGAAGAGGAUCGACAGAAUCUCCUUGCAAACAUCAGUGAAUUAUCAUAUCUAUCGUCGCCACUCUCCGGCUUCACCAGCGGCCUUGUCACUCAAGCAAAGGGCAGUCAUCUCAAGCCGGAAAACAAAGUCGUCGGUCCUCAGGGAGAGUCAAGCUCUGUUCUGACAGCAGCAACCUUUGACCCGGCUGGAUUGACGCAAGAUAAGCUCCAGCUCAUCGACGGCAACUCAGCGUUGACCCCCUACGCCGCAUUGGUCAACUUCACCGACAGUGAGCACUGCCCUUUCAAGCCUGUGACACACGGUCAGUUCCGGUUCCGCAAGUUCAACGUCAUCGACAAGUUUGGACAGUCCCUCAUGGCCAUUGAUCAGAGGCCACGUAGGGAUGGGCCACCGCCUAUCUACCCCUGCAUAAGCAACUUUUAUGCGCCACAAGAGGUCACACUAGAUGGGAAGAAGUACGCCAACACGGUGAUAAAGGACAACCCGGAGCAGUCCGAGUUCCUUCAGCUACCUCCGCAGAUGAAUCAGCCGGCGCGGAUCAACGCAAAGUUUGUCAGACGCAUUUCUGAUGACCCAAGUGGCACCCCAGCCUCCCAAGGUCCUGCAGCAUGGCGCCCUGUCACAGAAUGGGAAUCACCAAUAUGGGGAUGGGUCAUCACCAACUAUGCCGACUACGGUAUACAGAUCUUCCUCCCUGACGGUACAUUCUACCGUGAGGUCCGCGUCGGCGGUCCUUUGGGAACUCUCCAGUCACCCAAGUGGCUACCGUUCAGCCCUGAUCCAGAUGCACAGCCCACUCCUGAUACGCGCGAGCUUGAUAUUCUCAUCUCCAAGCUGGCCGAUCCGAAAUACCUCCUGGGGUUCUGGGGUAUGAUAACGACGGCACAACAGAAACUCCCCCCGGCUCCUGAUUCCUACGCGCAGUUCCUCAACUCCAUCGUCGGCAAGCCACUUGCCCUCGUCAAUACGGGCUGGUCCGUCGAGCUGAGCGGGCCGCCUCUUGGUAUCCAAAGCACCCAGAGCAAGGUGGUUGAUUCCGAGCGCGCAUUGCUGAAGCCAUCGGAUCCCGAUGACAAGACUCCGUACUAUGAGCUUCAGUUACGGCUCGGAAAUGAAGAGGCGGGAUAUGAUGGGCUUGUCGGUUACUUUGACACAACCGAUGCUGGGUCUGAUCAGUUGAACUAUGAUAAGAUCAAGACCUUCUUCACUCCAGAUGACAAACCCACGGAGCCAUUGAUCCGCCUUGAUACUGAGCAGUAUCCAAUCUUCAGCCCAUUCUGGCAGCCCCCAUUCUCCGGUGCUUCACCCGCUAUUGAGCCUGAAGCCUAUGAGAAUCAGCGUAAUGCCCAGAUGUCAGUCUUUGGCGCUAUACUAGAUCCCUUCACACCCAUCCACGCGUAUUCGUCCUUCUUACCCGCAGCAGAGCUGCUUCUACCACCAUGGACGUGGCAAAAGGCUAUGGACACCAUGACGGCAUUCUUCCACGCAGGGCCCUUGACCAUGCCCGUCAACGAUGUCCCUGGCUAUCUAGAAGCAGAGAAGCUAACUAGCAAGAAUGCUCGUGAUGUCCCAAAGCGCAACUUGCUGCUCCCCUCUCUUGGUGGGGGAGACUGGAGUUGGUUUCAGCCGUACGCUGAGGGGCAGUCCGCGGAGGGCGGAGAUCAGGAUCUGCAGGCUGUUUAUAAUGCGUUUGGUAUCGAGAAGAAGGGUGAUCUGAUGAAACCUGCGUUCCAAGAUGGACCGUACGCUGCUAUUGAGGGGUUCCUGCAGUUGAGAAACCCAAUCGUGGCUCCAAGCAACCCUCAGAAUGCAUAA